AUGGCGGGGAUGGCGGGCGUGGGAGAGGAAGAGGCCGGGCUGCACGCCCGCCUGGGGGCCCUCCAGCAGGACGCGUCGACCCUCAUCAAUAGCCUCGCGGGCCUGGGGGCGCCCGGCACUGGGGGCGAGAGCGAGGACCUGACGCGCCGAGUCAAGCAGGACCUGGAGCGAAUGCGCGCCUGCCUGCGGGACCUGGAGCUCUAUGCCGAGGAGCAGGAGACGGAUGAGGCAACAGCACAGGUGGCAUUGUGGCUGAAAGAACACAAAACAACAUAUGAGAGGGUAUCUCAGUCAUUUGCUGCAGCCAUAUUGCAGGCGAAGAAGAACUCACAAAGAGCUUGGCAGGAGGAGCGCCAAGCAUUGCUGGGGGCCAGAGCAGCUGGAACAGUCCCACCAACGUUCAGGAAUAAGCAGGAAGCUGCACGAGGUGCACAGGAUGUGACGGAAAGUUUAAGGCGUACAAGAGAAAUGAUGGCGCAACAGAUUGCCUUGACGGGAAGCUCAUUGGAGGUCAUAGACUCCAGCACAAGGGACCUCAAAAAAGCGCAACGAGAACUGCAGUCGCAUCGUGGACUCUUUGCGAAGUCAAGGCGGCUUCUGAACACAAUGUCAUGGCAUGACGUCCUGGACAAGAUUGUUCUGUGGGGCGGGGUGUUGCUCUUCACUAUUGUCGUCCUGUACAUCACUCAGAAGAGAGUGUUGGGACUCACGCCAGGUUUUGUGAAGGAACAAGCUUCACGGAUGUUCUGGUUCACGUUGUCCUCAAUCUCACACUUGCCAUCACAUCUGGGCAAUCUUGUAAGUCAGGGCCCAGCAUCUGGAGGUGUGCAAACGCCGUCGCAUCGCACUGAACGCCCGUUGGAAUCUGCGAACGUGGCCACAUUUGGAUCCGGCUCCCAGCCAGAUACAGGAAGGGGAGCAGAUGCUGCUGAGCAACGGGAUGGCAUGGACUCAUCUGUGGAUGUCUUGCAUCCAGAAGAGGAGAACAGGGCCGCUAAUAUGGCACAAGUGGAGCCACCCCACAGAGACGCAGUUGAUCUAGAUGGUAGGGAGAAAACGGAGGCAGAUUUGGAGGAAACUGACAGUGCAACACUGGAGAGUGCAGAUGGUGCAGAAGGCGGGGAAGACAACGAAGCGGGCACUGCAGCUGCGGGAAACGUCGAAGGCGUCGACGACAACCCCGUUGGGAAAGGCUCAACACCAGAGGCUGAUGACGCCAAUGGUGAUGCGGAGCUUCAGGGCGGUGGAGCAGCGCCUCAGCUCACGAAUAACGACGAUUGGGAGGAUGCCGCAAUGUCUGAGUCUGAGAGCUUGGAAGAUACUGACACCGUGUCAGUGCAUGAGGACGACCAUCUCGUUGAAGGCUCGACGCCAAAGGCUGAUAUUGUGAGCAGUGGAGUACAAGAUUCGGACAGUGGCGCAGCGUCUCAGCUACAAAAUAGUGACGACCGGCGGCAUUCAGGAAAAGAAUCAGAUCCACGGCUUGAGGACACCGACACCGCCUCACUGUUUGAGGACGACGCAUCAGAGGGUGGUAAUGCGAUAAUUGACAGCCACGGCGUCGUAGAUCGUGAGAUGCCAGUUGAAGCGGAAGAGGGGAGGAACGGCGAAAAUGAGGCCCCGUCAUUGGAGGAUGCAGAAUCUGGAGAAACUCCUGAUGGCCGCAGUCAGCAGCUGGCGGCGGAUGCCAGCAAUGAGUUGCCACAUGCAGGAGAUGUGGCCGAAGUGGGGGAUGCUGAUACUGGUGCAGCUCUAGAGAAAAGCGUGCCUGAUGGGGCAGACUGCGCCAAUCCGCAGGAAUGUGGCAACGACGGCGACGGGAGGUUGGGUGAGGACGACCCAUAUGGGGUGGAAGGUGGCAGGAGAGACGACGGAGUUCAAGCAUCUCCGUAUGGCGUCCGUGAUGCCAAAGAACCGAAUGCACUAGCAGGAGCACAGGAAGACGUUGGGGCUGUGGGGGACGAUAAUGUGAACACAGGGCCGACUAUCGAUGAGCAAGGUCGAAAACACGACGAGUUGUAA